AUGGAUUGUGACCAACAAAAUAGCGAAAAUCUGCCGAUUGCGUACACGACAUUAGAAUCGUCACCUGAUCGUUCCCCAAGUAUCGGAUCUUUGAGUGAUCUCGACAAAAAUGCCGAACACGAAAUAAAUUUGGGUGAAAUUUGCGAGCUCCAUGUGUAUGAGACGCGAUUCAACAGCAAGGGCGAAGAGGUUGUUCUUCAGGUUGGCGCGAAAGAAGAGCUGGAUACUGAAGAGAUCCGCAGUCCAGAUGCGGCUUUGGUAUUGAUGCGGUGCUACGAUGAAUCCAAGGUUCUGGAAUCCACAAUUCUCGAGAUCAGGUCGCCGUACAUCAAGAAGGCGAUGGUGGAUGUAAUUGGGAAAUACCCUGGCGUUGAUAUCGGAACGUCGGGCAUUCUCAAAAUUUACGACGAGCCACGCUGCCUCUUUCACUAUCGCGAUGAGCUCAACGCUUACGCACAAGCAAACAGUGAUGAAGAUGUGAAGCAGCAUGUAACGUACCUGCUCAAAUACGUACGGCAAGCUCUUCGGAAAGAGAUUGCGAGCUAUGAGACUCAUAUGGCCAGCAACACCGAAACCCCUGGGUUGGAUUUUGACAACCUGUGGAUGGUAUUCCGCCCAGGCGACCUUCUUUACCAUAACAUUAAUGGCGAGGGCCAGGUAUGUCGUUUGCGAAGCAUGAGAAUCCAAGAGUGCAACACCCAACCUCUUCGAUACGCAAAGUUCUGGUACCUGUCAUGCGAGAUCAUCAAAUGCGAUGGCGAAGAUUUUAUUUAUUCCUGGGGCAACACCAGUAUUUUCGUUUACGACGGCUUUCGUUCCCUUUCCGACCUGGAAAUCAUACCUUUACGGUUUCACAAGGAUAACCUGAGAAUUCGGGAGUCAUUAAUGGCUAGAGGCAGGGUCUUUCUCACAUUGCUGGGAGUGAACCACCGAAACUAUCGUGGCACUGCGCGGAUCUUCAAGGAUAUUGAUGACGAUGGCGACGCCGAGUAUGAGACCUUAGAGGUGAGGGAUUUUCACUGUAUUCAAAGUGAUGCGGACGGAAGAGUCGUUGUGGACUGUGAGGAAUACGUCAGCAAUAUUGAUCCCAGCAUGAGUGAUUACAUACAAGGCUCCAAAUUGAUCCGUGGCAAGGAUAUGGAACACGAGAAGCUUUGCGAUGAUGACAUACUCAUAUGUUCGCAGGAGAUUGCUGGCUUCUCGUUUCAGCAUCGUCGUUGGGGACUCUUCAAGGUGAGCGGGCUGGCGGAGAUUGAAUACAAUCGCCAGGCGUUCGAUGCACUUGUCCUGCCACAACAUUAUAAGGACUUGCUUAUAUCUCUUGUAAACGCCCAUCAGAACCACUUAUCGGACUUUGACGAUCUGGUGAAAGGCAAAGGAAAAGGUCUUCUUUUCCUGCUGCACGGAGAACCUGGCGUGGGCAAAACUUUGACUGCCGAAAGCAUCUCCGAGAUAACACAGAGGCCCCUCUACACGAUCGGAGCGGGAGAGAUGGGCCAGAACAGUGCAUUGAUUGAACGCGAAUUGACAAGGACUCUCAAACUGGCGACUAGGUGGAAUGCGUACAUUCUCCUGGACGAAGCAGACGUUUUUAUGGUGCAAAGAUCGUCGUGGGACAGCACUCGUAACGCUUUGGUAGCAGUUCUUCUCAGGGUCAUGGAGUAUUUUGAGGGAAUCAUGUUCAUGACGACCAACCGGCUUCAAAGCAUUGAUGACGCGUUUGCUUCGCGUGUUCACCUGAUGCUAGCCUAUCCCCAAUUGGGCGAAGAAGCCCGGCGCACUAUAUGGACCACUUUUGUCUCAAGCACAUCAUCUUCCACGGUCCCUGUUUGGCUCGAUGACGAAUUUCUCGAUGAAGUUGCUGCUUAUGAAAUUAACGGGAGACAAAUUAAGAACGUAACUCGCCUCGCCUGCGCUAUUGCAGCAAAUGACAAUCGCGAACUAGCAGCGAAUGACAUUAUGAAGGCACUAGAAGCCUUCUCAGACAUGUCUUAUCAUGGACCUGUACAACCUGGGCAGCCUGGAAAUCCUGGACAAUCUCUACAGUCACUGCUGCCCCCGCAACCGGUCCCUAUCGCAGUUCACUACAAACGAUGGCUUGACAUCUGGACUCGAAAUUAUGGUCGCGAGAUCAUCCUGUUGCUUCCAACAGCGCAUGUCGUCGGCGCUCUGCUAGCCAUAGGACUGGCUUCUGCUCUACGUCACGGCGCAAAAUUUGCCUCUUUGGCCUAUUGGCGGUUCCAUAAGUAG